AUGGAACUAUUUAUUCCAUCAUCUGUGGUACCCAUCGGAGGCAGAUCUCAGCCUUGGUUUGGUCGCUCCUGUAAGACUGCAUUACGCAGUAAGCAGGAGUGUUAUCAAGCCUGGGCUGUGGCUUCGGUGACUCGGGAUGUAAACACCAGCACACUCAAAAAGAAGUAUAACUUCGCCUCCAGGUCCUUCAAAAGAGUUAUUGCCAAGGCAAAGUCAGAGCACAUAGGCAGAAUUGGCGAGAAACUAGUUCGCCUUCCUUCGGGAACCCGUGCAUUCUGGUCUCUCGCCAAGGCUGUCCAAGGGAAUUUCUUGAAGAGACGCAAACAAGCUACCAAGCAAGCGCAAUCAUGGUAUUGCUUCCUCUGUAAGGAAGACAGAGUAGCAGACAUGAGGUUCUGCAAAUGUUGUGGUGUUUAUGUACAUGAAGAGUGUGUUGGAUUAACAGCAGAAGAUAAAAAAAGAUACAUGUGCCCAAAAUGUGAGAACUAA